AUGGUUCAUCAUGGCGUGCAUCGCAACUGCACUUUUUCUCGGUAUCAUGAACUCUACAUUAUCCCAAUCCUACCAGUCAUGCUUGAAAAGCGGCUCCACGUCGACGAAUCGGAAACGCAGUCUGCUACGUCCCUUGUUCUCUCCGUCCACGCCUCUGUUGCAAUGGUGACGGGUCCAUUCGUCGGACACUUCGCAGAUUUGAUCCCCAGUCGGAAGCUCUCGCUACUCGUCGCCCUCGGAGUGCAGUUGGUCGGGACGAUCAUCAUCAUAGCAUCGUUGUCGGUGCCGGUCCUCGUCAUCGGACGAUCAAUCCAAGCCAUUGGUGGCAACGCAGCGUGGAUAGUCGGGUUAGCCACCCUGGCAGAGACUGUUGGGAAAGAGAAUACGGGCAAGGCUCUGGGGGCAGUCUCCUCGUUCUUUACUUCGGGCACUAUGUUCGGAUCGAUGACUUCUGGAUUCUUGCUACACUAUGUUGGAUACUGGGCUACAUGGGCCGUAGCGAUUGCUUCACUUACUGUUGACAUGGUCAUGCGGGCCGUCAUGAUUGAGAACAAGAAGGGAAGCGUCGAUCAACGUACAGCUCUCGACACCUCUCCGGGUGAUAUGGAAGCUGCACAGCCGAACAACGCUGCAGAAGAGGAAGUCAACGAGCGAAGGGCUCUCCUCAGAUCCAACGCUUCCUCCGACACAGAAUACCAAUCGUUCCUCAUGCCUCAAACGCCAAACGCCGGCGACAACGAUGACGACCGGAACUUGUUCAACUCCACUCAGAACUCCCGCCCCGACUUCCCCUCAUCGUCUCCUUCGUCACCUCCACCAAGACAAGCACCCAUUCCUUCCGCUCCACGCACCCCAGAAAAUCUCUACAGAUUCAUUCUUACCAAUCCUCGCGCCCUCACGGCGCUAGCAGCCCACGCCACUUCCGCCAUCAUAACCACCAGCAUCGACACUACGCUUCCUCUCCACGCUCAACGAACCUUCGACUGGAACUCCGCGCAGAUCAGUCUCAUGUUCCUCCUCCUACAGCUUCCAUCUUUGAUUCUGGCAACUUUCAUGGGAAUGCUCAAAGACCGAAUCGGUGCAAAACAUCUCACCAGCUUCGGCUUCCUAGCCCAAUCCGCAUCUCUUUGGGUUCUAGGUGCUGCAACACAGGAUAGUGAGGUCGGAGGAAUGGCGGAUGUGGUUUUUGGAAAAGAGACGAGAGAGAAGUACGCGGAGAAAAUCACUUUGGUGGCUUUGGUAGCGAUGGGAAUCUUCAGGGCGUUUACGAGUGGAAGUGCGCUUUUGGAAAUUACGAAUGUUAUGAAAUCUUUCCAGCCACCAAUUAUCAACCCUCCCGCUUCUUCAUCCUCACCUCCCGAAGCUGGUAAUACGGGCGAUAAGGCAACAACGAAGAAGCCCAACAACAAAAUGUCUUCUGCGUUUUCUGUCACGAACUUCACCUGGAACCUGGGCAUGCUCCUCGGACCCAUCAUUUCGGGUGUUUUGGUGGAGAAAGUGGGAUAUUACUAUAUGAACACGGGCAUAGGUGGGAUAUCCACUGUCGUUGGAAUAUUGUCUGGUGUUUUCAUGGGAGGAACGAAGCAAAAUUAG